AUGAAUUCCACCACCACCAACCCCUCCACCGGCGCAGGCUCGGUCGUCCAGCCUCGCCCGCGCCCACUCAUCCGCGGUGCCGCCGGCACAGGCAACACGAUCCUCGUCAACAACUGCCAACGGGGCAAUCCGCUCCUCCAACACAUCCGCAACAUCGGCUGGGAGUACGCCGACAUUGUCCCUGACUAUCAAGUGGGUCUCUCCUCCUGCAUCCUCUUCCUCUCGAUCCGAUAUCACCGAUUGCAUCCGGAGUAUGUGCAUACGCGCAUCCAAAAGCUGGGCAAUAUGUUUACCCUCAGGAUCUUGUUGGUGCUGUGCGAUGUGAACGACCAUCAAGCAGCGAUAAAGGAGCUCACCAAAACGGGCAUCAUCAACAAUCUCACCCUCAUCAUCGCCUGGACUGCCGAAGAAGCAGGCAAGUACGUCGAGACGUACAAGAGCUUCGAACACAAACCCCCGGACUUGAUCAAGGAGAGGGUGGGAGAGGAUUAUCUGAGUCAGGUGACGAACGUUUUGACGCAGGUGAGAGGCGUGAAUCGCACGGAUGUGGUGACGUUGUUGACGCGGUUUGGCAGUUUGAAGGGUGUUGUAGGGGGUGGAGUGGAGGAGGUUGGGAUGUGUCCCGGGUUUGGGGAGGUCAAGGCGAAGCGGUUGAGGGAGGUUUUUACGCAGCCGUUUCGAGUGGGUGAGGGGAGGACGUAUAAGCAGCGCAAGAUGGGGAGCAAUCAGCCGAACAACUCCGCUAUCACCGAGAAUGCUGCACGUGGGGGGCUGCCGGAGGACAUCCUCACCACGACGACGACGACGACGAGGACGAGGACGCCGCAGGCUCGAACGGCAGAAUCCGGUUCGACCGCGGAAAGCGGAGCACCAGCCCAACCAGCACGUGCACUCGACGCCCUCGAACAGGACUUCGACAACCUCUCCGAACAAGAGCAGCUCCGACUCGCCAUGCAGCUCUCCGUGAAUGCGGACGAGCCUCCUUCCCCCUGA